AUGAACAACAAGAGAAUAAAAAGUGAAAACAGUGGUAAGUUCAGUAAUUUUAAGGUUUUGUAUUUUGUUUCAAUAGAACCAAAGAGCUGUAUUCAGCUUCUGCAAGAUGGUUUUAAUUCUGAUGGACUGUACACCAUCAAUCCAGAUGGCGGCAAGCCAAUUCAAGUGCUGUGUGAUAUGACCACAGGAGGCGGAGGAUGGACGGUUUUUCAAAGACGCUUUGACGGUUCUGUCGAUUUUUUUCUGGUCUGGGAACAGUACAAACACGGAUUUGGAGACUUGAAUGGGGAGUUCUGGUUUGGAAAUGACAACCUGUACCGUUUGACAGCCGCUUAUGAUGUGAAGUUGAGAGUUGAUUUGCAGGACUUUGAAGAAAACAAAUUUUACGCUGAGUACGGGACUUUUAAGGUGUCUGAUGAAGCAGAUAGAUAUCGGCUUCUGAUUAGUGGAUACAAUGGUAGUGCUGGUGACUCAAUGGCGUCCAGCGGAGAAACUACAAAGUAAGAAUAUGGAAAACCUUUUUUGAUGGUUUAUCAGUACUGUACUGAACAAAACCACACUGAAAACCAUGCCUUAAGAAUACAAUCUAAGGCACAAAUUUAGUUACCGGCCGAAAUUAAACUCGGAUCGAGUGAAAAACUGCUACUUUAAUUGCCUCAUUUUUAAACAUGACCUAGCUUUGUAAUUUGAGUGGCAAACUGAACGCGUUGCAGGCGUUAAACUAAGAAUGCAUAGGAUAUAAAAAGCCCGGGAUAAAAAUCCCGCCUUGUGCAAGCGUGUUACUCCGUGUCUAUAAUAUCGAGCACCUGUCUUCCAACACGCACUCUCCCUAUAACUUAGCGACGACCUGGAGCGCUUGCAGAAGCCAGCAAUCUCUAUCUUUUCUCCAGGAUUGCCAUAUUUGCAAAAUUUGUAAUUAUAUCACAUUAACAGCCUUAAGGGCAGACGUAGUGGACUGUAUUCGAAGCUAUUUGAGUCUGUCCUGUCUAAACCUGUUCAUUAAUCAUGUCAUUUGCUGCCACCCCAGCGUGUUUCCUGCUAUAGGGGCACGCCUUUUUAGUGAACGCGUGCCACGUUCACAGACCGCAUCCAUAACACCUUAAUCCGAGUAACGUGACGUAUUGUUAUAGCUUGUGUCAGUAAUAUUUUGAUAGUUUUUAGUUUAUAGUGCCAUAGUUGAUACACAGUCAUUCAUAUCUUGUUACGUUUAUCGCUAUCAUUUUUAUAUACAGUUUAAUACAAUAUCGAUACAUAUCAAUAUGGGUUUAACUAUUAUUCGCAUCGUUGACUUAUUAAUUUAAUGCUACAUACUUUCUCACACAGCAAUCGGCAGUUUACCACACAAGAUCAAGACAACGAUCACGCCGGUAACGUCAACUGUGCUAUCAGAUAUAAAGGAGCUUGGUGGUACGACUCAUGUCACUGGUCCAAUCUCAACGGGCUGUAUCAUGGUGGACAACAUGAGUCAUUCGCUGAUGGGAUGGAGUGGUUUACUUUAAAGGGCCAUUAUUACUCUUUUAAACGCACUGAGUUGAAAAUAAGACCCAACAUUUGGUGA